AUGUGUUUAUACGCCCGAGUCGUCUUCGUCUGCGCCCACGAGCGCUGGGGUUUAUGUGUGAAGAAGUGCCAGAUCGCCGAGGACUUUCAGGCGAACAAAACCGACCAAGACUGCUUGGUAAAAAGCCCUCACGUGCCUACAUCGCGAAAGUUGCAGAGAAAGUGCAACAGAUGUACCGCGAUGGAAGACAAAUUCGGCCAAGCUAAGAAGAGCAUCGAGGAUGUUAGACUGGCAUUGAAGAAGAUCAGUGAGGAAAAGGCGAAGAAGGAGAUUGAAGAAGGAAGCAAGACGAGACCGGCUGUGGGAGUAGAUUGUGGCCAUGAGCUGGAGGUUAUCAGUGAGGAGGAUGAAGAGACUGGAGAAGAGUCUGAGAUGGGAGAUGGAUCUUCCUCGGCGAGUGGUUCAUGUGCAUGUUAG